AAUAGACGUCAAAUUGCAGAAAAUAAAUAAUAAUGUGUCAAAUACUAUUAAUAAAUUAUAAAAUGGGCCUUCAAUAACAUUUCACAAAACCACCCCUGGAAAAUAUGCCAUUUGGUCGUAGCAGAAGUGGCAGUAGCCCGAGGAGGACACCAUACUCCAGGGCCGAGAGGCAAGCACCGUCACAGCCGCCGCCAAUUGUCGUCCAGCCGCAACGCUCGGUGUUCCGCGAUGCUGCUGCUGUGGCGGGCGGCGUUACUGUAGGGACCACAAUGGGUCAUAUAGCGGGUGAGGCUAUCAGCAGCCUGUUCACCGGUCGCCGGCGCCAGGAGGUGGUAGAGGUGCUUCCCCGCAACUAUUCCAUGGAACAGCCGCCGUCCGGUCCCUGCGCGUACGAGAUAGCCACGUUUCUCAACUGCGCGGCGGACCAUCAGGACCUGACUGAAUGCGCUGCUUUCAAUGAGGCGCUCAAACAAUGCAAGAAGCGACAUGGUUAG